AUGUCAACCCAUACCAUCACAGCCCCCAUUCCGACCUACGCCCACAGAGCCCUCCACCGCUCCUGGGCCGCCCCCGCCCCCGUCCCGCAUAACCAUAACAGCCCAUCUCCCCCCGCCCGACCCGUCCACCGUCCACGUACGACCAGAUCGGUUGGAAGGGAAGGACAAGAACAGUGGUUCGAAUGCCAUCCUCUACACCAUCCCGCUCCAAGGCGUGUGUCGAACUUUGCAGUGCAUUUGCGGGAUGUUAUUGAUAUGAUUGAUAAAGACCCAGGAGAGAGCGAAGAAGUAGGGGAGGGGGAGGGGGAGGGGAAGAAGAUGUCGGAUUUUGAGACGCCGGCUGGUUCGCCGGCUGAGUCGCCCGUGUUUCGCACGUCUUCGUCUUCGUCGUUGGGUUUUGUGAGCCGGCCGUCUCAGCUCGGUUUGACGUCUGUCGUGUUGGAGGAGGAGGAAGCGGGUGGGGUUGAAGCGGGUGUUUCCGCUGAGAGGAAAGAUGUUGAUGUUGCUGGGCUGGCGGAUACUGAACCCGAGGCAGUGACCGGCGGUGGAAAGGCCGUCCAAUCUUUCGAGAAUCCCGCGCCCAGGGUUCCACCCCCGCCUCGUCUCUCAGUGUUCAAACGCCGAGCCGCCACUCUACCCUCAACUCCCCAAUUCCUCGCAUCCCGCCAAACCCAAACCCAAACCCAAACCCACCGCCCCCACACCCAACCCUCCCUCAGUCCCCUCCCAACCCGUCCCAUAUUCGAGCGCGAAGCCUUCAAAACCACCGAAGACAAGAUCCACAACUAUAUCAAACAUUAUCAGACGCAUCCAUGGACGGAGAUGGAAGAAGGGCCGGAUUAUUUCUUGUUUGGGUGGAGGAAUGAGGUGAUUGCGAGUUGGAAUAGGUUUUAUAGUAAGGAGAAUGAGGCGAAGAGGAGGGAGGCGAGGGGAAGUGUUAGUUUGCCUGGUUAG